AUGCCACCGACAGAGUUUGGUGCGACCCCUGUCGGGGGGGCGGGGGGCGACCCGAUGUCGAACAUGUCUGAGGACGAAGUCUUUGCAGCGCUCGCCGACCGACUCGACGUCGCCGCUGCACAGCCGCUCGCCGUGGCGGCGCUGUCGAGCCCUCCGCUCGCCAAGCGGCUUCUCGCGGCGCUGCUCGAUCUCGCCACUGGUCCCGACAAAGGCCAGCAAGCCGCCACCGCAGCGCUCGCGCUGGCCUUCCAGGUCGCACUCUCGCAGGACGGGACGGCGGUCGCGCGGUACGCCGCCGCGGCAGACGACCAGGCGCCGCCCGUCGGCGUGCUACUUCUCGGCUUUGGCGGCGCGAGCCAGCAGGCGCUGCGGCCGCACGCCGAGUUCUAUCAGCGGCUGUGGCCAGCGUGGCGCGUGGUGGCGACCACUCGCGCCGGCGUGGUCGGCGAGCACGCGGCGGCCGCCUACGCCGAGCAGCGGCGCAACGUCUGCGACGCGCUGCACGGCUGCGGCCGGCUGCUCGUCCACAUCCUCUCCAACAACGGGCACUAUCUGUGGGUGGAUUUGCUCCGCUCGGCGGUCGGGCAGGCCUGCUUCGCCGACCGGCUCGCCGGCCUCAUUUUCGACUGCGCCGCUGUCGAGAUGAGCGCACUAGCCGCCUCGUCGAUGGAGGCGGUCGUGCUGCAGACCGUGCGCGCGGGCGCGCUCCACCACGGCCUCACGGCGACGCUGCGCGACGAGGCGGCGCAGGCGCGGCUGCAGGCGGUCGGCGCGGCCCUCGUGUCGAGCGACUUUUCGCUCGGCGCGGGCGGCGCGCCCGGGGCGGCGUCCGUCUUCGAGGCGCAGGCGGCGCUCGAGCCGCGCGCGCCCGCGCUGGUCCUCACGUCGGAGCAAGACGCCGUCCUGCCCGCCGCCGGCGUGCGCGCCUUCGCCGCCUCGCUCCGCACCAAGGACAGGGCGGCGCGGCUGGAGGUGCUGCGCGGCCAGCACGUCCAGCUGCUGCGCUCCGACCCAAAGGCGUUCGCCGUGGCGGUGCACAACCACGUCGGCGUGUGCGAGCUGCCCGGCCCGCAGGUAGACAUGGCGCGCGUGCUCGAGCUGCAGGCGGAUCUCCUCGCAGACGACGUCGAGGUGCGGCUGCGUUCCUACCACGUCGGGUUUUGUUGCGGCGAUGGCGACUACUUGAAUUGCUCGAUCACGGGCACUGAGGACAGCGACUGCACUUAUCCUCACUCAGCCGCCGGGCUGCUGGCGGCCGUUCUCAUGGCGGGCUUCCCCCUGGCUUCGGUAAGCAAAAUCUCGUUGGGACUGCUUGAGCUCGCGGGUCGUUCGGCCGCCAUCCGGCUCUCGCCGCUGGCAGCGGCGAUGCAGCUAUGGUCUCUCUUCUGGGUGGUCUCCGGAGGCAGCUUGCCGUACACGCUGUUUGCAGUCUACUUCAUCGACGCGAUGCAGCUCUUUGCACACCUAGUCCUAUGGGCGACGCGCCUCUGCCUCAUCGUGCCGCCACCGCCGGCUCCCCUCGAUGGACUCGCUGCUCCCAAGCGCACCAACGCCUGCGUCUCUCGCCGCCGCCGGGCAGGGCUAGCCCUGGCCGGAACCACUCUGCGCUUGGCAGCGCUCCUGAUGGUCACGGGGGUGUCGCUCAGCUUUGACAAGCGGCGCGAGGACCUGACGGAGAUGGUCCUGCUGGGCUGCUACGGCACUGCGUUGCUGCUGCACUGUGUUGCCCAUGUCGCAUGGAUCGGGUUUGCGCUUCUGUCGCCGAGCGAGGAGGGAGGAGCUGCCGCAAGGCCGACCGCACAGCGCCUGGCCUCGCGCCUUGGAUCCUUGGUCUUCCGGCGCAGUUCGGCCUGCGGCCCACCGCGCAUCUCUGCGCGAAUUUGA